UUACUCCCGUUCGAAUUGUGUUUGUGUGGCCUACAUCAGAAAACCUACAGACCUAAUUUUCGCGUUGUGCGCGGAAUAGUUUUUCCCGAAAAAGUGAAGCCAGCGAAUAAACAAUAGCCAAAAGAAAGCGAUAGCCAGGAAAGUGAGAGUGAAAGUAAACAAAAGUAAAAGGGGAAGAACUCUGGCUCUGGCUGCAGCGUUAAUUGUGUGUGUAUAUAUUUAAUAUUUCCGAUGCGUCCAUAACGGGAGUGUGUUUUUGCUUCCCCUUUCGUCUGCUCAGCGCGCCCCCCUUUUCGCCCCUCCCCAGGCCCCCAAUUUCGGUGUGCAAUUUUGUAUAAAAAUUAACACAAAGUGGGAAGAUAGCGUUGUGUCAUAGAAUUGGAGCAAAGGCAAAAACAAGGCGAAAUUAGCAGAGGCAAACGGAAAAACAACAACAACACAGAAUGCCCAGUGGAACCCCAGUACAUAUGUGUAUAUACGUAUGUGAGUGUGUGUGUGUAUAGUAGGAAUUGCAAUUUAUAGUUGUUGUUUCUGUUUCUGUUUCCGAGAGCUUUCGCUUGUUGCGCGCGUGCGACGAUUGUGCAAGAAGUUUAGUGUGUGUGAAAAUCGGGAAGAGGAAGUAGCGGAGAAUAGAAGGAGAGUAACAUGGGAAUAAAUACAAGAGAAAUAGAGGAAAAAAAUAAAAAUAAAAAUAAAUAAAUCGCCAAAUGCGUUCGGCGUCGCGUGUGUGUGCGUGCUCUGAAAUAUGCUGAAAAAGCUCUCGGAGAAUGAGAGAGCGAUCGGGAGAAACAUCAGCAACAACAACAGCGAUCGGCGAAAUGAAUCACACGCAAGCUUUGUUUUGCGAAUUAUAAAUUCGCGUUCUCCACACAUGCGAAUUCCCACACUGAGAGCGAGACAGAGAAAGAGGGAGAGCCAGACCAAGACAUAAUAAUAGAACUUUUGCUUUCGGUUCCAACUGGUUUUUGUAUACACAAAACCAGGGAGUGGGAGGGAGACGGCGAAAGAGCGAGAGGGGCAGCUUUCAGCUCUUCUUCUUCCGCGAUCUUCGUCUUGGAAUUCAUGGAAACCGGGCGCAUGCGCAAAACAAAAAACUCCAAAAGGAAAAACAGCGACGUCAGCUGCAUGAAAGGUCUUUAAAGCUAUUUUAAACUAACUACUACUAUCGUUACCUGCCACUACGAAUCAUCAAAAAAUCCCACACAUCACAACGAAACGUACAAAAGAACUAAAUUAAAAUUAAAACAAAAUGGAUACCUUCAAUGUACCUUUGCUGGCGGAGAGCAGCAGCAACAACUAUGCAACAGAAGCUACGGGCAAUCAUCACCACCUGCAACAUCAGCAGCAGCAACAGCAACAUCAGCAACAACAACUUUUAAUAGCACAUCAUCACAAGGAUCAAAUGUUGGCCGCUGGCAGUUCCCCAAUGCUUCCCUUUUAUUCCCACUUGCAGUUGCAACAGAAGGAUGCCACUGCAACCAUAGGGCCUGCAGCAGCAACAGUUGCAUCAGCUGCAACAUCGGCGAGUGCCGACAACUUCAGUGCAUUGCAAACGAUCGAUGCCAGUCAAUUGGAUGGCGGCAUUUCCUUGAGCGGCUUGUGCGACCGUUUCUUUGUGGCCAGUCCAAAUCCACACAGCAAUAGCAAUAUGACACUCAUGGGCACAGCAGCAACAACUACCACUAACAAUAAUAAUAACAACAAUACCAACAACAAUAAUAAUAACAACAACAACAAUGUGGAGGCUAAGGCAGUGAGGCCAUCGAACGGCAAUUCGGUGAUCAUCGAAUCUGUGACGAUGCCAUCGUUUGCCAAUAUUCUAUUUCCCACCCACCGCAGCGCCAACGAGUGCAUUGAUCCCGCCCUGCUGCAAAAGAAUCCCCAAAACAACAGCAACAGCAGCGGCACUACUAGCAUUAUUGUGCCGCCCGUGGAAUAUCAUCAAUUGAAACCACUUGAAGUCAAUUCCUCGACUUCCGUUUCCACCAGCAAUUUCCUGUCCUCCACCACGGCUCAAUUGUUGGACUUUGAGGUGCAGGUGGGCAAGGAUGAUAGUCACAUCAGCACCACCACAGCGGGGCAGGGAUCGGGAUCGGGAUCCGGUUCGGGAUCGAGUGCCACUACAAUAGUAGCAACAUCAGCAGCGCCAGUAGCAACGACAACAUCCAUUAACAACAACACUGCCAAUCCAACCAGGAGCUCAUUGCACAGCAUCGAGGAGCUGGCCGCCAGCUCCUGUGCCCCGAAAACCACUUCGCCCAACAGCAACCACACUAGCAGCGCCAGUACCACACCGCAGCAACACCACCAGCAGCAGCAACACCACCUGCAAAGCGGCAACCACAGUGGCUCCAAUCUCAGCAGCGACGACGAGUCCAUGUCCGAGGACGAGUUCGGCCUGGAAAUCGACGACAAUGGAGGCUACCAGGACACCACCUCCUCGCACUCGCAGCAGAGCGGAGGGGGCGGUGGGGCCGGCGGCGGCGGGGGCAACCUGCUCAACGGCAGCUCCGGCGGCAGCUCCGUCGGCGGUGGCUACAUGCUGCUCCCCCAGGCGGCCAGUUCCAGUGGCGGCAACAACAAUGGCAACCCGAAUGGCGGCCACAUGUCCUCCGGUUCGGUGGGCAACGGCGGCGGCGGCGGCAACGGGGGCUCGGGCGGCGGCGGAGGCGGCCCGGGCAAUCCCAUGGGCGGCACGAGCGCCACGCCGGGUCACGGCGGCGAGGUGAUCGACUUCAAGCACCUGUUCGAGGAGCUGUGCCCCGUGUGCGGCGACAAGGUGAGCGGCUACCACUACGGCCUGCUCACCUGCGAGUCCUGCAAGGGCUUCUUCAAGCGCACCGUGCAGAACAAGAAGGUCUACACCUGCGUGGCGGAGCGCUCCUGCCACAUCGACAAGACGCAGCGCAAGCGGUGUCCCUACUGCCGCUUCCAGAAGUGCCUCGAGGUCGGCAUGAAGCUAGAGGCUGUUCGAGCGGAUCGGAUGCGGGGUGGACGAAACAAAUUCGGUCCCAUGUACAAACGGGAUCGGGCGCGGAAGCUGCAGGUGAUGCGGCAGCGGCAGUUGGCGCUGCAGGCACUGCGCAACUCGAUGGGUCCGGACAUAAAGCCAACGCCGAUCUCGCCGGGCUACCAGCAAGCAUAUCCAAAUAUGAACAUUAAGCAGGAAAUUCAAAUACCUCAGGUAUCCUCACUCACCCAAUCCCCGGAUUCGUCGCCCAGCCCCAUAGCCAUUGCGCUGGGACAGGUGAAUGCGAGCACGGGCGGUGUGAUAGCCACGCCCAUGAACGCCGGCAAUGGCGGCAGCGGGGGCGGAGGUCUCAACGGGCCCAGUUCCGUGGGCAACGGCAAUAGCAGCAACGGCAGCAGCGGCGGCAACAACACCAGCAGCACGGGCAACGGAGCGUCCGGCGGCGGAGGAGGGGGCAACAACGCGGGCGGCGGGGGAGGAGGCACCAAUUCCGCCGACGGCCUGCAUCGCAACGGCGGCAACGGCAACAUCAGUUGCCACGAGGCUGGAAUAGGAUCUCUGCAAAACACGGCCGACUCGAAACUGUGCUUCGAUUCUGGCACACAUCCAUCGAGCACGGCCGACGCGCUAAUCGAGCCAUUAAGAGUCUCACCCAUGAUUCGUGAAUUUGUGCAAUCGAUCGACGAUCGGGAAUGGCAGACGCAACUGUUUGCCCUGCUGCAGAAGCAAACCUACAACCAAGUGGAGGUGGAUCUCUUCGAGCUGAUGUGCAAGGUUCUCGACCAGAAUUUGUUCUCGCAAGUGGACUGGGCACGGAACACCGUCUUCUUCAAGGAUCUGAAGGUCGACGACCAAAUGAAGCUGCUGCAGCAUUCCUGGUCGGACAUGCUGGUUCUGGAUCACCUGCACCAUCGAAUCCACAACGGCCUGCCCGACGAGACGCAACUGAACAAUGGCCAGGUCUUCAAUCUGAUGAGCCUGGGAUUGUUGGGUGUGCCCCAGCUGGGCGACUACUUCAACGAGCUGCAGAACAAGCUGCAGGAUCUGAAAUUCGAUAUGGGCGACUAUGUCUGCAUGAAAUUCCUAAUCCUGUUGAAUCCAAGUAAGGCCGUACAAGUCUCUCAGUGCAGAUUGGCAACCUUCCUAAACCGUGAAUUAAUAUUUAUAGAUGUACGGGGUAUUGUCAACCGGAAGACCGUCUCCGAGGGACAUGAUAAUGUGCAAGCUGCCUUGCUGGACUACACCCUCACCUGCUAUCCGUCGGUCAAUGACAAGUUCAGUAGGCUGGUAAACAUUUUACCGGAAAUCCAUGCCAUGGCCGCCCGCGGCGAGGAGCACCUGUACACCAAGCACUGCGCCGGCAGUGCGCCCACCCAGACGCUGCUCAUGGAGAUGCUGCACGCCAAGCGCAAGGUGUAGAGGCCGGGGGAGCGUGACACGGAAUACUUAAUCAUUUAUGAGAUGUAAAUAACAAGGCGGAGUCCCGCCACGAGUCCCCACGGCAGCCGGGAUAUGGAAGGCGACGAGCGGAGGAUACAGAAUUCCGUAUUAUGAAUAUGGGAAUGCAUCAUCACUACUACCACCAACACCACCAACUAUCACACCUAUACACACACACAUGCACACAUUUGUUGAUUCAAUGUUAAUUAUUAUUACGUUUACGGUUAGGCCUAGUUUACGUUUAACUAAUUAAUUAAUUUGUCUUAAAUUAAUUCGUGUUUUAUUUGUAGUCCCCUGAUAAAGCAAUUUUUUAAAACACAACCUAAACGUAUAAAUGUAGAUGUAUGGAUAUAAAUUGUAAUAAGGCAAGGAGAACCAGAACCCCACUUUCUUUAGGCAUUACAAACGAAGAAAACAAAAGAAGCAUGAGAAAUUUUAUUUUUAUAUACCUAUAUGAAUACGAUACUUAUGGAUACAAAUCUAUAUAUAUAUAUUUUUAUGUAAAUUGGCGUAUGUUUAAGCGUCCUACAACUUUUUAAUUAGAAUUUGGUUUUACCAUAGUUUUCAAAUUAUUUCUGUUCCACUAGCAGAUCGAUUAUUUUAUUUUUUGCGCCAAGUGUCUUGCAUAGUAUUUGCGUCUAAUCUAAUGGCAACAAAAAAAACGGAAAAUCCAUACAAAGAAAAUGAAAACAAAGCAAAUUUAGGUGUUCAUGGUAUGAAUGUAUGUGUAUAUUAUAAUUGUAAUUUCAUCUAAGUGUAAGAAAACAAUGCAAACAACUACCUACAACAAGAUAAUGAAGAGCAAGAAAUUAUAUAAAUUAAUAAAGAUCGAGUUAAAAACUAUACAGUAAAUAUAUACUUACAUAUAUAUUUAAAUUUAGCAGUUUCAACUAUUUGUAAAUUUCAACCAAGAUGUAAUUGUUUCAAUGUCAGCAACCAGAAAGUGUAAAGCUUAUAAUUAAAAUACAAAAUAUAUUUUGUGCAAGGAAAAUUAUAACUCAGCUAAAGGGUAAAAACCAAUUAUAAAAAAUAAACAAAUAAGCUAUAUAAACCUUUAAAACUAAAAGUAAAAGAUGCUUAGUCAUGAAUUUGGGCAAUGAGACGGAAAAGAAAUCGAAUUAUAGAAAAAAAGAAUAUUGUAAAAA